AAAAUUAUUUUUCAGGACAAAAUCAAGAAGAGUGAUCCAAAGAACUGUGACUGAUGAGAAUUAAAGGCCAUGGAUGAAGAUGGACUUGAAUUACAACCACAAGAGCCAAACUCAUUUUUUGAUGCAACAGGAGCUGAUGCUGCACACAUGGACGGUGAUCAAAUUGUUGUGGAAGUACAAGAAACUGUUUUUGUUUCAGAUGUUGUGGAUUCAGACAUAACUGUGCAUAACUUUGUUCCUGAUGACCCAGACUCAGUCGUGAUCCAGGAUGUUAUUGAGGAUGUUGUUAUAGAAGAUGUUCAGUGCCCCGAUAUCAUGGAAGAAGCAGAUGUGUCUGAAACGGUCAUUAUUCCUGAGCAAGUGCUGGACUCAGAUGUAACUGAAGAAGUUUCUUUAGCACAUUGCACAGUCCCAGAUGAUGUUUUAGCUUCCGACAUUACUUCAGCCUCAAUGUCUAUGCCAGAACACGUCUUGACGAGUGAAUCCAUACACGUGUCCGAUGUUGGACAUGUUGAACACGUGGUUCAUGACAGUGUAGUGGAAGCAGAAAUCGUCACCGACCCUCUGACAACGGACGUCGUUUCAGAAGAAGUACUGGUAGCAGAUUGUGCCUCUGAAGCAGUCAUAGAUGCCAAUGGGAUCCCUGUGGGCCAGCAAGAUGAUGACAAAAGCAACUGUGAGGACUACCUUAUGAUUUCCUUGGAUGAUGCUGGCAAAAUAGAACAUGAUGGUUCCUCUGGAAUGACCAUGGAUGCAGAGUCGGAAAUUGAUCCUUGUAAGGUGGAUGGCACUUGCCCUGAAGUCAUCAAGGUGUACAUUUUUAAAGCUGACCCCGGAGAGGAUGACUUAGGUGGCACCGUAGACAUUGUGGAGAGUGAGCCUGAGAAUGACCAUGGAGUUGAAUUACUUGAUCAGAAUAGCAGUAUUCGUGUGCCAAGGGAAAAGAUGGUUUAUAUGACCGUCAACGACUCUCAGCAAGAAGAUGAAGAUUUAAAUGUCGCGGAAAUUGCUGAUGAAGUGUAUAUGGAGGUGAUCGUAGGGGAGGAGGAUGCAGCGGCGGCGGCGGCAGCCGCUGCAGCGCACGAGCAACAGAUCGACGACAGUGAAAUCAAAACCUUCAUGCCAAUAGCCUGGGCAGCGGCUUACGGUAAUAAUUCUGAUGGAAUUGAAACCCGGAAUGGCACUGCAAGUGCCCUCUUGCACAUAGAUGAGUCUGCUGGGCUCGGUAGACUGGCUAAACAAAAACCAAAGAAAAGGAGAAGACCUGAUUCCAGGCAGUACCAAACAGCAAUAAUUAUUGGCCCUGAUGGACAUCCCUUGACUGUCUAUCCUUGCAUGAUUUGUGGGAAAAAAUUUAAGUCGAGAGGUUUUUUGAAAAGGCACAUGAAAAACCAUCCUGAACACCUUACCAAGAAGAAGUACCGCUGUACUGACUGUGAUUACACUACCAACAAGAAGAUAAGUUUACACAACCACCUGGAGAGCCACAAGCUGACCAGCAAGGCAGAGAAGGCCAUCGAAUGCGAUGAGUGUGGGAAGCAUUUCUCUCAUGCUGGGGCUUUGUUUACUCACAAAAUGGUGCAUAAGGAGAAAGGAGCCAACAAAAUGCACAAGUGUAAAUUCUGUGAAUAUGAGACAGCUGAACAAGGGUUGUUGAAUCGCCACCUUUUGGCGGUCCACAGCAAGAACUUUCCUCAUAUUUGUGUGGAGUGCGGGAAAGGUUUCCGUCACCCGUCAGAGCUCAAAAAGCACAUGCGCAUCCAUACCGGGGAGAAGCCCUACCAGUGCCAGUACUGCGAAUAUAGGUCCGCAGACUCUUCUAACUUGAAAACACAUGUAAAAACGAAGCAUAGUAAAGAGAUGCCGUUCAAGUGUGACAUCUGCCUUCUGACUUUCUCAGAUACCAAAGAGGUGCAGCAACAUGCUCUUAUCCACCAGGAAAGCAAAACACACCAGUGUUUGCACUGCGACCACAAGAGCUCGAACUCAAGCGAUUUGAAACGACACAUAAUUUCGGUUCACACGAAGGACUACCCCCAUAAGUGUGACAUGUGUGAUAAAGGCUUUCACAGGCCUUCCGAACUCAAGAAACACGUGGCUGCCCACAAGGGUAAAAAAAUGCACCAGUGUAGACAUUGUGACUUUAAGAUCGCAGAUCCAUUUGUCCUAAGUCGUCAUAUUCUCUCGGUUCACACGAAAGAUCUUCCGUUUAGGUGUAAGAGAUGUAGAAAGGGAUUUCGGCAACAGAAUGAGCUUAAAAAGCAUAUGAAGACACACAGUGGCAGGAAGGUGUACCAGUGUGAGUACUGUGAGUAUAGCACUACAGAUGCCUCGGGCUUUAAACGGCACGUCAUCUCCAUCCACACGAAAGACUAUCCUCACCGGUGUGAGUACUGCAAGAAAGGCUUCCGCAGACCUUCCGAAAAGAACCAGCACAUAAUGCGACAUCAUAAAGAAGUGGGCCUGCCCUAACGAUCCCACUAUGGACAUUUGUGGAGUUGUUGGCCUUGAAGCAGAAAUUUCAUUUUAGAGCCAAUUGGUCUCGUUCACAUACAAUACUGUAUAUUGAUUAUGCCGUGUACAAAUAGAAUUAUUGCUUAUAGUUGAGUUGGUUUUUCGUUUUUUGUUUUUGUUUUUGGUUUUUUUUUUUUUUUUUACAUUUUGUUUAAUAGUGUGUUCUGAAUUCUAUUCAGUUUGUUUAAUAAAUGGGGGAAAGCAGCAACAAGUAAGUUGCUUUUAAUAAAAUAAUCCCUGAUUCUAUACUGAAUUUUUCUAUCUUAGAAGUUUUAUAUUUAUUUAAAUAUUUACCUUGCUUACCUUGAUGGUACUCUUCUAAGACCAUUUAACUUAAAGUUAAGGUAACUUUAGAUUGGUAACUCUGAAAGGACUCAUGUUGACUCAGUUCCCCCCCCCCAUAAAUUUCUCACAAUAAAAUUGUCAGAGACCUCUACUAACAUAAAUGGGAGGUUUUUACAGUCAGCUCUAAUUAUCCUAACAUGGAAGUCAUUUACUCGUCUUACUAUUUUCAGACCACAUGACAAUGAAAGUUUCCAUUUGAGCUUUUGUGUCCCUGGCAUUGCUGAGGAGAGAACAGUGGCUGGGUUCGUGUUUCCUUUCCGUUUUGUUCAGCAGACAAACUAUACUUCUUUGGGGGCUUUCUUUGGUGUAUUGACAUCUUUUGUCAGCAUAGCAAACUUUUAGAAAAACUUCCUUGACAAAUUUUACUUGAUGCUGUUGUAUUUUGAUUAUUCCGUCUGUGCUGCUUUGUCUUGGAAUGGUUGUGUGCUACAAAUGAGAUUAUCGAGGACUGCAUUUUGGAAUCUCCUAGAGGUAAUUCGUGGCUCGUAGGAUCUUUUGCGACUUUAUAUAUGUAAAUGUACCCUGAAUUAUAUAUAUGCACAU